ACCUUAAGCAGCCCUCCUUUCCAACUCAAACUCAGCCUCGAACGAUUUGAAGCCUUUUGACCCUCACUUCACCCACCAUGGCUUUAAUUUGCCGUCUCGCCAUUCUAUUUCUCUUCUGUUCCAUCCGCUCCACUGUGGCCUCUUCCCGGAAGCUCACCGCUCUGGUGGAGCAACAGCCGCUCGUACUCAAAUACCACAACGGAGCUCUCCUCAAGGGUAACAUCGUCGUUAACCUCAUCUGGUACGGCCAGUUCACCCCCAUCCAACGUUCUGUAAUCGUGGACUUUAUCCAGUCACUGAACUCGCCACGUGCUCCGCUCCCCUCCGCGUCCUUGUGGUGGAAAACGACGGAGAAGUACAAGGGUGGUGUGUCCACCCUCGUCGUCGGGAAACAGAUCCUCCAUCCGCAAUAUUCUCUUGGGAAGUCACUCAAAACCACGCACUUGGUGGCCUUGGCCAACAAGGGCAACCAGCUGAACGCCAUUAACGUCGUUCUGACCGCAAAGGAUGUCGCUGUCGAUGGAUUUUGCAUGAGUAGGUGCGGGACCCACGGGUCGACUCGUUCUCGUGAUGGAAAGACUCGGUCGGCAUAUAUCUGGGUUGGUAACUCGGAGACUCAGUGCCCGGGUCAGUGCGCGUGGCCAUUUCACCAGCCCAUUUACGGCCCACAGACCCCACCUUUGGUGGCACCCAACGGAGAUGUAGGAGUCGACGGGAUAAUCAUUAACCUGGCCACGCUUCUGGCUGGCACCGUUACGAACCCGUUCAACAACGGUUACUUCCAGGGCCCGGCUACGGCUCCUUUGGAGGCCGUAUCGGCAUGCACCGGGAUUUUCGGGUCUGGAGCGUACCCGGGAUACCCGGGUGAGGUCCUGACGGACAAAAGCAGUGGAGCGAGUUACAACGCUAACGGGGUAAACGGACGGAAAUAUCUGCUGCCGGCGAUGUGGGACCCACAGACGUCAGCCUGCAAGACACUCGUGUAAAAGAGCGAGAUAGACAGAGAUAUAUAAAUGACGACGUGUCAUAAUAUGUGUCAGAAAAUGUGUGUUCGUAUCGUAUUGUAAAUACGGAUGUUGGGGGGGCCGUGUUAUGGGGGAAUGAAGAGGAUUGGCUUUCCCCAUAUUUUUGUCGACAUUAUAAGUUUGUCGUCUUUUGUGACGUGUAGAUGUUUCUCUUUUUCAGAAAAUUGCAAAAAAAGAUGUUGAAAUUGGGCAAUAAAUAAAUAUAUUAUAAAAAGGGGGUUUUCGGAGUUUCAGUGGAUUGUGAUAGGAACAAAAGGGGUAGAGAUGAAUCGGCGGUGGGGCCAGUGGAAAUGAUGAGCAGUGUGGGCUAAAAAGAGACUCGUAACGAUUUAUAAUCCUUUGGUGUUUAGGCAUAUAUCGAAAUGGUAAAGGGUUUUGGGAGGUGUUGGCGUUGGUAGGGCAGUGGGGACCAAAACGAAGCGGCAGCCCAUGAGAAUCGUGGGGUAAAGAAGGGAAAUGAUUCUCUAAAGGAAACACGACGAAGAAAGAAAUGCGUUUUGUGUUUUGGCUUAUUACAAAUGUCCUUUCCAAAUGAUGAAAGGAUCUCCUUUUAUCCCGCUGAUGCUAUAUCUCAAUUUCCUUUUAAUUUUUCACCUUUGCAUUUACUUUAUAGACUGUGAGAUCGAUUAUUUGUGUGUUUACCUUGACACCUAUGAGUGAAUUAAGAUCCAAACUUGUAGUGAAGCUUUUAGAGCAAUGUUUAAGUAAUUACAUUUAUGUAUUUUGGA